UCAGACAGUGCCACAUCAGCAGUAACGUCAGACACAGUGCCACGUCAGCAGUGCCACAGCAGCAGUGCCACAGCAGCAGUGCCACGUCAGCAACAUGACGGGCCUGCCAGGGCAACUGCCCAACGAGUCCCUUGCCGCCUACAAGCAGCGAUUCCACGCUCAGAUUGAGGCUGAGGAACAACGCCAGCUGGCAGCUGAGGCUGCCCGCGUACAGGCUGAAGAGGCAGCAGCAGCAGAGCAGCUGCGGCUACAGGCCGACGCAGACGCAGAUGCCCAGACUCGCCGCAAGGAAGCCCAGGAUCUGCUGCAGCGGCAUGAAGCCAACAGCAUCGACAGACUCAAGUUCUGGCACUUUGAACCGAACGGCAACGAGGCAGCACUGGAAGAGAAGCACAAGGAGUUCCUCUCCAAACUCGUGACAAGGUUGUUGUACGCUUGCAACUACCAAUGGUCAGAGUUGGCGAGACAGUACCAGGACCUGACGCAACAGCAUCAGGAGUUGGCAAAGUUCCGCCGCAUAGUGCAGAGCCACGAGGAUGCAACUCGGGCACUCAAUGCCCGAUUGCUGGUCCUGGUACAACAGGCUGUACCAGGACCAGCUGCUGGGGCUUCCAGCAGUGCACCCUCUAGCCGCCAACUGGAGGACCUCGUUGACCACGUAGUGGCAAUGCUCGGCGACAUCAGCACUUUCGCUGCGCCGACCACCACCAUCAGCAGUCAGCUGCAUACAUUGAAGACCGAGGUCCAGCAGCUGCAGUCGGUGAACGCGGACGACAAUCCGAAGAUGUACAAGAUGCCAACUUUCAACCUGGAGAGGUUCGACGACUACACGCAGCAGGAUACGGUCCUCUGGUGGGAAGCAUUCACAACGCAACUCAGGAUUUUGCACGUAGCCAAGCAUGCGUACAUCGGCGCCCUGUUCCUGAACUCAAAGGGCGGAUGCCAGACCUGGUUGAGCCACCUGGCAACCUCCCACGGCGUCGACGUACCAAACUUGAAGGACAAAAUCACAUGGGAGGAACUGACACGGCUGUGGAAGAAUCGGUUCAUCGUCGACGACGCGCCAGCACUCGCCAUCAACCGUCUGUUCACCAUGUCACAGGGCAACACUGCAACACGGGAUUGGCUCACAGAGUGGCAGAAGAUUGCGGCAGUGCCCAAUCUGGAUCUGCCUUUCACUCAUCUCAGACGUGAGUUCUACAACAGGUCCUGUGCUGCAUUGAGCCAGGCUCUUGGUGAUCGCGAGCAGUACUCCACUUUCGCCGAGAUUAUCGACAAGGCGAGAGAGAUCAUCAAGACCAACAGGUCAGCUGCACACCAGAGAUCAACAUGGCAGCCGACCUAUGUGGAGAAGGUACGAACUGGUCCGCGACAACAGCACUUCGUUGCAGUCCAGCAGGACAGUGGAGAUAACCCAGCAGUCACUCCAGCAUCAAGUGACGGAGAUCAGGUGGCUGCUGUCCAGCCGCUAAGCAACAACAAGUCCCGCAACAAUGGGAAGGCGAAAUCCGCAUCGCAGGCCGGAAAUGGACAACCAGUACAAGUUCCAUGGGUCAAGUUUGGCUUGACCGAGGCGGAGUACAAGUCGCCAAAGGUGCCAUUCGUAUUCGAUGACGACGCACGCCGGUCAUUCCAAGCACUUAAGGCGGCUAUGCUCAUGGCACCCGUCCUUAGCAUCUAUGACCCCACCCUGCCGAUGCGAGUGACUACGGACGCUUCCGGCUAUGGCAUUGGGGCAGUCUUGGAACAGCACGACGGAGACGACUGGCACCCUGUGGAGUAUUUCAGCCACAAAGUGCCUCCCAUCAACUCGCUUGAUGAUGCAAGGAAGAAGGAGCUGCUCGCAUUCGUGAUGGCUCUCAAGCGCUGGCGACACUUCCUCCUUGGGCGUCGUAGGUUCACAUGGGUCACAGACAACAAUCCAUUGACCUACUAUAAGACGCAGGACACGGUGAGCAGCACGAUCGGACGAUGGAUGUACUUCAUCGACCAAUUUGACUUCACACCGAAACAUGUACCCGGCCUCUCCAAUCGCGCAGCAGAUGCACUCUCGCGAAGACCUGAUCUUUGCGCUAUGACACAUCAUGCCUUCGCAUUCGACGGGGAGCUUCAGCGACACUUCAUCCGGGCAUAUCAGUCUGAUCCGGACUUCGGCACGCUCUAUGCACAACUAUCUUCGGAUCACCCGCCGGCCAGCCAUUACCGCAUUGCCGACGGGUACUUGCUCCUCCACUCGAUAGGCAAGGACUUACUAUGUGUCCCACACGACCGUCGUCUUCAGACUCACCUCCUCGGCGAGUAUCAUGAUUCACGACUCGCCGGCCAUUUCGGAGUCAACAGCACUAUUGCACGGCUUCGACAACGAUUCCGAUGGCCUGACCUCGUUACCGAUGUCACUCGGUAUUGCGACUCUUGCGAAGUUUGUCAACGCAGCAAGCCCCGCAACCGCAAUCCCUACGGCGAGUUACACCCGAUGCCUAUCCCACGGGAACCCGRUCUCUCCACUGCCAUGGACGUCACCGGUCCGUUUCCUCGCGACCGGCUCGGGCACGACGGCAUCCUCACGGUUGUGGACCGAUUGAGUAAGUACGCGCGUUUUCUCCCUUGCAAGUACUACUCCACGGCUCCCGAGYUGGCACGCCUCCUGCACACUGGUUGGAUUUGUGGCCACGGUGUACCAGAAGAUAUUGUCAGCGACCGCGACACUCGUUUCAUGUCGGCGUUUUGGACUGCUCUCAUGCAGGAGUCCGGCACAACAAUGAAACCAAGUUCGGCUCGACAUCCUCAGACAGACGGGCAGACGGAGCGGGCACAUCAAACCGCUCAAAUGAUGCUUCGUACGCUCAUCCGUCCGGACCAGAAAGAUUGGGUUGACCGCCUCCCCGACAAAGGCCGGAUCUUCGCCGACCUUCUCCUCCCUCGACCAGCCGACAUUGACGCUGCCUGCUCUCCCGCUUUCGUCCGGAAGUACAGGGAAUUGCUGACUCAAGCCCGUGCAAAUAUGCAAAAGGCUCAAGUCGGCAUGCAGCAGCAAGCCAACAGGCGUCGCGUACCAUGUCCCAUCCGCGCCGGUGAUCUGGUUUGGGUCUCCGCGGAAGAGUUUGCACUGGAACAGGAUGUUUCACGCAAACUGCUUCCCAAGUGGUUUGGACCUUGGUCUGUGACAGCAGCCGCGGGCGAUGAGCCCGAUGGCCCUUCAUUUGUGAUCAACAUUCCAGAGCAUCUGACGGUCCAUCCCGUCUUCCACGCCUUGAAGCUGGCAACAUACACGCCGGCCAAGAGCGACGACUUUCCGGACCGACGAUCGCAGGACCCUCCUUCUAUGGAUGGCCAUCAAGAAGUUGACCGCGUCAUCUCYGAUCGCAAGUACGGCAGCAAGCCGCGGCAGUACAAAGUCACAUUCAAAGCAUGCGAUCGCGACGACACUCGGUGGAUUUCAGGCGCAGAUUUGAAAGCAUCCGCACCACUAAUCUACGUGCAUUAUGAAAAGCGGAGGUUAGCUCAGGAAGCUUCACGACCAGCCCCUCCCACCCGGACUGUGGUCCCUCCCUCAGACAGACAGCUUCGCCCUCGCAGGUAAGCUCGGUUCUUC